AUGACAACAUCGAUUGAUUGUCAAGAACUUCAGAGAGAAGAAAUCGAAUCGUUAGAAACCAUCUUCGGUUCGGCAUGGUCAAAAUAUGAUGAAAAUAGUGAAACAUAUCGAGUCGCUCUUGAAAGAAAUCCAGAUCAACGCAUUGAAUUGCAAGUCACUUUUAUCGAUGGGUAUCCUCUACGGGCUCCAAUCAAGUAUUCUCUCUUUGCCCCUUGGCUUAAAGGAGACAAACGACAGAAGUUAAUGGAGGAACUGCAUGAAACUAUUCAACAACACAGCAAUGAAUCAGUGGUUUAUUGUUUAACGCAGACGAUAUAUGACUUUCUUGAUGAAAAAUUUCUAUUUUUAACUGACGAACAGUAUGAGCAUUCGGAGAAAAGUGACGUCAGUCAUGAAAACGAAGGUAAUGAUCACGUAAAAUAUGCCAAGCGAUUACCCAUUCCUAAGCUAUCACCAGAAGAAAAGUAUACUUGUCCAGAAAUCUUUACCGGUGAGCCCAUGGAAGAAGAUCGUGCUAGUGUUUUUCAGGCACAUUGCGCGCGCAUUGAUCAUGAAUGCCAAGUUCAAAUGGUGUUAGACGAAUUGAAAAAGCAUAAAAAGAUUGCAACUGCGAAACAUAAUGUCUAUGCUUACAGAGUCACUGCGGAAAAUGGUAAACUUCUUAGUGAGUGUAAUGAUGAUGGCGAAAAUCGCGCUGGUGAAUGGGUUUUAGAGCCGUUGAUACAUAACAAUUUGAGCAAUGUCAUGGUUGUCGUUACACGUUGGCAUCGUGAUUACUCAAUUCAUAUGGGCGCCGGACGUUUUACAGCUUACAAACAAUGUUGUGCGGAUAUAAUAAAGAACUUUUUGAAAUAG